AUGGAGCGGACGAGGUCUCGCUCUCCUCAAUCCCAGACGGCAUCGUCAUCUCCGGCUUCGACGACAGUCACUACGCCGGACCAAUCUCCCGGCGCGGACGAAGACAUCUGGGACACAUCGUCGGACCACGGUCACGGCGACGGUCACGGUCAGCCUCACCAUGCCAUCUCCGACACCACCACACAAGGCCAACCGUCCGCGACCAGGCCACAGCAGAUACUGAGUGACCUCCCCCAACUGCGACGCCAGCACAUGACGGACGGGUACCGCGAAGGCCUCUCCGUGGGCAAGGCGGCCGUGAUGCAGGACGGGUUCGACUCUGGGUAUCCUCUCGGCGUGGAGAUUGGACUGCGUGUCGGUGCCGUGUUUGGCGUGCUGGAAGGUGUUUUGGAAGGCUUGAAGAAAACGUCGUCGGAGAUGGAGAGGUCCGGGCCUUCGAGACAGUCGGGCCCAGGGUUAAGAGGACCAGCAGCAUUGCUUCGUGGUGAGAAUGCCUCCCGUGGUGCCAAUGCCGGUGCCGGUGCCGGUGCCGGUGCCAGCGCCAGCACCCCCCUGUCGGGUCGGGGCGGUCCUACACCCAACAACUCCAACCAUACAACCAACCUCGAAGGGCUUGUGGGUGUAAAUAAUGAUGAGAAUGUCUUCGCAGGAACGAUGGUCGCAGGCAAUACCUCCCCGAGCGUGUCCCGGGCGGAGGAAUCGCCAGAUGUCAAAGCCGUCGAAAAGCUCUACGAGGAAGCGAAAACCGAACUCAAGAUCUCCGAGUUGAUGAAGAAUCUCGACGACUCAAUGAUCGACCGGAUGGGCCGCCUCAGUGUCGAUGUCGAUGUCGAUGUCGAUGUCGAUGUUGAUACUAAUGGUGAUGACGACAAAGCGACAGCGAGAGAGAUGCGAGGCUUGCCCCAAGAGAUCGAACAAGUUAUUUCUCGAUGGGAGGAUGUCGUGUUGAAAAGUCUAGCCGCGAGACUUUGA